AAAACUCGUGAAAGUGACAAAAACUGACAAGUGACACGAAGUGAUGGUGAUUAAUUUUAAAAUGGCUGCUUUGAUAUAAAAGUAAAUAUGACUUUUUUUCGGUGAAUUAUUUAAUUAUUAUGUUAAGUCUAAAAUAAUAAUUGGUGAUUUUGUAAUAUUUUUUAAUACUAAACACGUCUUCCAAAAACGUGUAAUGUUUAGAUAUUCUAUAUUGUAGUUAAAAUUAGGGUUAAUUUAUAAAUUUACAAAAAUGGAUAUUAUACAUGAUGAAGAUCGCAAGAGAAGAUUGAGGCUUCUUGAAGAAAAAAUAAGGGACCCUCUUGGUAAAGGGAAUAUUGAUUCUUUACUAGAUACAGUGCAGGCAUUGUACACUGAUUGUGAACAUCCAUCUAUUAAGAAGUUAAAAAAUGUAGAAGUUUACUUAAAUAGAUAUGACGAAUUCGCUAGUGAUAUAAUUAACCUACGCAUGAAAACCGAUGACUUCGAACACAUCAAAGUGAUAGGCCAUGGAGCAUUUGGUAAAGUUCAGCUUGUCAGGCACAAGUAUACUAGAAAAGUUUUUGCAAUGAAGAGGCUCAGCAAGGCAGAUCUUAUCAAACGGUCAGAUUCCGCUUUUUUCUGGGAAGAAAGGCACAUAAUGGCGCAUGCGAGAUCAGAAUGGAUUGUUCAGUUACAUUUUGCCUUCCAAGAUACCAAACACCUUUAUAUGGUAAUGGAUUACAUGCCAGGAGGUGACAUAGUUAAUCUCAUGUCAAAUUAUGACAUACCUGAGACUUGGGCGAAAUUUUAUACAAUGGAAGUUGUCCUCGCUCUUGAUGUUAUACACUCCAUGGGAUUCGUGCAUCGCGACGUUAAGCCUGAUAAUAUGCUAUUAGAUAAAUAUGGACACUUGAAAUUGGCGGAUUUUGGAACAUGUAUGAGAAUGGACGAAGGUGGAUUAGUUAGAUCAAAUAAUGUGGUUGGUACGCCUGAUUAUAUUUCGCCAGAAGUACUGCAGAGUCAUGGAAAAGGAAUAUAUGGUAGGGAAUGCGACUGGUGGUCAGUAGGAAUUUUCGUCUAUGAAAUGUUAGUAGGCGAAACGCCAUUUUACGCAGACAGUCUUCUUGGUACCUAUAACAAAAUAAUGUACCAUGAAAACAACCUCUCGUUUCCAGAUGAGGCGGAUAUAUCCAACGAAGCCAAAUCUUUCAUACAGGCACUUCUCUGUGAUAGAAACAAACGGUUGGGACGAAAUAGUGUCGACGAAAUUAAGUCCCAUCAGUUUUUCAUAAACAACGAAAAUUGGACUUUCGAAAAUUUACGUGAAAUGGCACCGCCGGUGGUUCCAGAACUUUCAGGUGAUGAUGAUACCAGUAACUUUGAAGACUAUGAAAAGGAUGAAACACCUGAAGAAAAUUUUCCUGUACCUAAUACUUUCGUAGGCAAUCAUUUGCCAUUUAUAGGCUUCACCUACAACUCCGACUACCAACUUUUAACUAUUGAUUCAGUAGACAGUAAACCCAAUAACACAGUGACAGAUGGCAUAAAUAAUGCCAUCUCAAAUUCGACCAACCAAGUCCACAAACUCGAGCUCCUUCUGGAGCAAGAAAAAUUAAAUGUAGACACUUUAGAAGCGAAACAUAGACAGUUGGUAACGCAAUUGGAAACCACGGCUCAAAGAGAAUGUGAUGUGAGAGAUGAAGUCACCAAAUACGAAAAGGAACUGACAAUUUUAAGGCAUAACUAUAAGGAGUUACAGAGAAAGGCUGAAUACGAGUCGGAUUUAAGGAAGAACACCGAAAAGUACUUGUCGGAGGUAAAGAAAAGAUUCGAAGAAGAACAAAAUAAGAGAACACGGGAGAUGAACAAUAAUCAACAGCACAAUGAUAAGAUACAGUUAUUAGAGAAACAGGUAAACGAGAUGCAAGAAAAACUAAAAAACGAGACUGAAAAUUGCCAAAAGUUGCGUAAGCAAGCCAACGAAUUAACCAUAGCUAAAUCAAAUUCGGAACACAAGGUUUCUGAAUUUCAAACGCUGCUUCAAACUCUUCAGAGUCAAAGAGACAGUUUGCAAGCAGAGCUGGCUUUGCUGCAGGACCAACUGGCCGAAGAGAGAAAUUCUAGAAGCCAGGCUUCUGAUCAGCAAAUAGUAUUAGAGAACAAAUUCCAAUCUCUGAAUGCCGAGAUGGAACGACUGCGACAAAAAGAAUUAAAAACGUCAACCGACAACAGCCAGUUAACUGAAAAAGUUUCUUUUUUGGAAAAAGAAUGUGCAGGGUUGGAUUUAGAACUAAAAGCCGUGAAAAAUAGAUAUCAACAGGAAGUAAAGGCGCACGAAGAGACUGAAAGAAGUAGAGUUAUGAAUAAGGAAGAGGCGAAUCUGGAAGUAGUCAAAGCUCUACAAACGAAAUUAAAUGAAGAAAAAUCGGCACGACAAAAAGCCGAUUUAAAUUCGCAAGAAAAGGAACGACAGAUUUCGAUGCUGUCAGUCGAUUACAGACAAAUCCAACAGCGGUUGCAAAAGUUAGAAGGCGAAUAUAGACAAGAAGUGGAGAAAGUUAAAGCCUUACAUAGUCAAGUCGAACAAGAACAGCAGAAGAAAACUAUUUUGCAAUCUGAAAUGGGUCAACAAAGUUCAGAGUUAAAUAAGUUAAAAGCCAAGGAAUCUCAGUUGGUGCAAGAGCUCAGUCAUUUACAGGAUGUUAAAAAGACCUUGGAAGAUGAGUUAGUAAGGAUUAAGAGCAACUGGCAAAGGGAUCAACUUCAAAUGAAAGAGUUACAAGAAAAUUUAGAAACCGAACAGUAUUUUAACACCCUUUAUAAAAAUCAAACGAUAGAAUUAAAGGAAGAAAUCGACGAAAAGAAUAGAAUUAAUAAAGAAUUUGAGGAAGAAAGAGUGUCCUUGAAGCACCAGUGUCAAUUAGCCCUAGCCAGAGCCGACUCUGAAGCUUUAGCAAGAUCUAUAGCUGAGGAAACGGUGGCGGAUUUGGAAAAGGAAAAAACAAUGAAAGAAUUAGAACUGAAAGACCUGCUGGCUAAGCAUAGAACUGAAUCGAACAGCAAAGAAGUAAUAAUAAAUACCUUUAAAGAUAGAGAAUUAGAAUUUAAAAAGGCGAAUGAACAACUUCAAAAAGAAAAGGAAGAAUUAAAUAGACAGUGCAAGCAAGUACAAGACGAGUUAACUAGAAAGAGUGGUAAUAACGAAGAUAUAGAAAAAUUGGUUAGCAAAUUGAAUACUGAAAGUCUUCUUAAACAACAAGCUGUCAAUAAGUUACAUGAAAUUAUGAAUAGAAAGGAUAUCAGGGAAUCCGGAAAGGGCAAAUCCAAAGUGUCUAAUGCGGAUCUAAGACGAAAAGAAAAAGAUUUAAAGAAAUUGCAACAGGAACUUAGUUUGGAGAAAGAAAAGUACAAUCAAAUGAUAGCAACUUAUCAAAAGAAUAUACAGGAAUUGAGUGCUCAACUAAGUGAAGAAAUAGCCGCCAAACAACGUCUCCAGAUGGAACUCGAUAGCAAAGAUGCAGACUUGGAACAAUUGCACUUGAAAUUAUCGUCUAUGAAUAGUGAAACGGCUUCGUUGAGCUCGGCCGAUAAUGAUGGAGAUGAAAUAGAUGCUGUAUUCGAGGGCUGGCUUUCGAUACCUUCCAAGCAGAAUAUUAGACGGCAUGGAUGGAAAAAACAAUAUGUGGUAGUUUCUAGUAGGAAGAUAAUUUUUUACAAUUCAGAUAGCGACAAGCAAAAUUCGGAUCCCGUAAUUGUGCUCGAUUUAUGUAAAGUGUUCCAUGUUCGUUCAGUUACACAAGGUGAUGUCAUUCGCGCCGACUCUAAAGACAUCCCUCGAAUAUUCCAGCUUCUCUACGCCGGCGAAGGCGAGGCUCGGAAAACGGACGAACAAACGACAGCUCUAGAUGUCAGUCAGUCGAUGAGAAACUUCGAAGAAAAACCUGGAAUGCUAUCGCAUAAAGGCCAUGAAUUCCUUAACAUUUCCUAUCACAUGCCUACGACAUGUGAGGUGUGUCCGAAACCCAUGUGGAAUAUGUUCAGGCCGCCUCCCGCUUUGGAAUGUAGAAGAUGUAGAAUAAAAGUUCACAAAGAUCACCUAGAACGAAAAGAAGACACUGUCCCACCUUGUAAGUUACACUACGACCCUUCUUAUGCCAAAGAACUGCUUCUGCUCGCAUCGUCGCACGACGAUCAGAAGCAAUGGGUGUCGAGGCUCAGCAGGAAGAUUCAAAAGUGCGGCUUCAAGGCCAACAAUUCCAAUGCCAUAGAUUCCUCGGCGAAAAUAUCGCCAAGUGUUUACAGGACCUACUCCAUAAUUAUCAGAGACCAUCUAUAAAAUGGCUGGCUAGUGGCUGAGCAAUAUUGCAUGGCUUUGGAAUAGUAGAAUAUAUAUUAGCAGACUGUAGUGUAUAAUAUAAAAACGUUUUUAAAUUGAUAUUGGUUUGUAGGA